AUGUUAGUUUCAUCCUACUCACAACAAGAUCUUCUCAAAAUACUUCAAGAUCCUGUCUUGUAUCAGCAGAAACAUAUGGAAAUCAGAAAUGACUUAAUUAAACAAAUUAGACAGCAAGAUCUAGUCAUAAAUGACUACAAUAAUGAAUUGGAAGUUUGCAAAACUGCCAACAAAGCUUUCAAACAAGCAUUGUCCGAGAUUGGAACUGUGGUUAUAUCUGUAGCCAUGGGUGAUUUAUCAAAAAAAGUCGAGAUCCACACUGUUGAAAGCGAUCCUGAAAUUUUAAAGGUUAAAAUCACCAUUAAUACCAUGAUGGACCAGUUGCAAACAUUUGCCAAUGAAGUGACUAAAGUUGCCACUGAAGUCGCCAAUGGUGAAUUGGGAGGCCAAGCGAAAAACGAAGGAUCAGUUGGAAUAUGGCGGUCAUUAACCGAUAAUGUCAAUAUUAUGGCUCUUAAUUUGACUAAUCAAGUGAGAGAAAUUGCUGAUGUGACUCGAGCUGUUGCUAGAGGAGACUUGUCACGUAAAAUUAACGUUCAUGCCCAGGGUGAAAUAUUGCAAUUACAAAUGACAAUAAAUACAAUGGUGGAUCAAUUGAGAACUUUUGCAUUUGAAGUGUCGAAGGUAGCACGAGAUGUCGGUGUUUUAGGUAUUUUGGGUGGACAAGCUUUAAUUGAAAAUGUCGAAGGUAUUUGGAAAGAGUUGACGGACAAUGUAAAUGCCAUGGCUUUGAAUUUGACCACUCAAGUGAGAAAUAUUGCCAAUGUCACUACUGCUGUUGCCAAGGGAGACCUAUCGAAAAAAGUCACGGCUGAUUGUAAAGGAGAAAUUUUGAAUUUGAAAUUAACCAUCAAUCAGAUGGUGGAUCGAUUGUUGAAAUUUGCCUCGGAAGUGACCACGUUGUCACGAGAAGUCGGAACUUUGGGUAUAUUGGGUGGCCAAGCUAAUGUCCAGGAUGUCGAAGGUGCCUGGAAAGCAGUAACGGAAAACGUUAAUCUAAUGGCCACAAAUUUGACUAACCAAGUGAGAUCGAUUGCUACUGUGACGACUGCUGUUGCUCAUGGUGAUUUAUCGCAAAAAAUUGAUGUUCAUGCUCAAGGAGAAAUUUUGCAAUUGAAAAACACCAUCAACAAAAUGGUGGACUCUUUGCAAUUGUUUGCUUCAGAAGUGUCGAAAGUGGCUCGAGAUGUCGGUAUAAAUGGUAAAUUAGGUAUCCAAGCACAAGUCAGCGAUGUUGAUGGAUUGUGGAAGGAAAUUACUUCGAAUGUCAAUACUAUGGCUUCCAACUUGACAUCACAAGUGAGAGCAUUUGCUCAAAUUACUGCUGCUGCAACCGAUGGUGACUUCACUCGAUUCAUCACUGUUGAAGCGUCAGGUGAAAUGGAUGCGUUGAAGACAAAGAUUAACCAGAUGGUGUUGAAUUUAAGAGAAUCGAUUCAAAGAAACACAGCAGCUAGAGAAGCGGCUGAAUUGGCAAACAGUGCCAAGUCGGAAUUCUUGGCCAAUAUGUCUCAUGAAAUUAGAACUCCAUUGAAUGGUAUAAUUGGUAUGACACAAUUAUCUUUGGAUACUGAGUUGACGCAAUACCAAAGAGAAAUGUUGUCUAUCGUGCACAAUUUGGCUAAUUCGUUAUUGACCAUUAUUGAUGACAUUUUGGAUAUUUCCAAGAUUGAGGCCAAUAGAAUGACGGUUGAACAAAUUGAUUUUUCAUUAAGAGGUACAGUAUUUGGAGCAUUGAAAACAUUGGCGGUUAAAGCGAUUGAAAAGAACUUGGAUUUAACGUAUCAGUGUGAUUCGUCAUUCCCGGAUAAUUUGAUUGGUGACUCGUUCAGAUUGAGACAAGUUAUUUUGAACCUUGCUGGAAAUGCCAUCAAGUUCACCAAGGAAGGUAAAGUUAGUGUUAGCGUAAAGAAAUCAGACAAGACAGUUCCUGAUUCGGGUCGAUUAUUAUUGGAGGUUUGUGUCUCUGAUACUGGAAUUGGUAUUGAAAAGGAUAAAUUGGGCUUAAUUUUUGAUACAUUUUGUCAAGCUGAUGGAUCAACUACUAGAAAGUUUGGUGGUACUGGAUUGGGUUUAUCAAUUUCCAAGCAAUUGAUUCAUUUGAUGGGUGGUGAAAUUUGGGUUACUUCGGAAUACGGAUCGGGGUCGAAUUUUUACUUUACAGUGUCGGUAUCACCCUCAAAUAUUAGAUAUACAAGGCAAACUGAACAAUUGUUACCAUUUAGUAACCACUAUGUGUUGUUUGUUUCUACAGAACACAGUCAGGAAGAAUUGGCUGAGAUUGAACAUGCCAUCGUUGAAUUAGGGUUGAAUCCAAUUAUUGUCAACAAUAUAGAGGAGGCUAAUUUGUCAGAGCCAAUUAGAUAUGAUAUCAUUAUGAUUGAUUCAAUAGACAUCGCCAAGAAACUACGCUUGUUAUCCGAGGUGAAAUACAUCCCAUUGGUCCUAGUUCAUCAUUCCAUUCCCGAAUUAAACAUGCGCGUAUGCAUUGAUUUGGGUAUCUCCUCCUAUGGAAAUACGCCAUGUUCAAUGACUGAUUUAGCCAGUGCAUUAAUCCCGGCAUUAGAAUCACGCUCGAUAUCACAAAACACCGAUGAAUCAGUCAAAUACAACAUCUUACUUGCUGAAGAUAACUUGGUGAAUCAAAAAUUGGCAGUGCGUAUAUUGGAAAAGCAUGGCCACCAUGUUGAAGUUGUUGAAAAUGGAUUAGAAGCAUUCGAAGCCAUACAAAAGAACAAGUACGAUGUUGUUUUAAUGGAUGUACAAAUGCCAGUGAUGGGAGGGUUUGAAUCGGUUGAAAAGAUAAGACAAUGGGAAAAGAAGUCGAAUCCAAUUGACUCAUUAACUUUCAGAACUCCGAUCAUUGCCCUCACGGCACAUGCAAUGUUGGGAGAUCGUGAAAAAUCGUUGGCUAAAGGAAUGGAUGAUUAUGUGUCGAAGCCAUUGAAACCGAAGUUGUUGAUGCAAACUAUAAAUAAAUGUAUUCAUAAUAUCAACCAAUUGAAGGAACUAUCGAAACAGAAUAACAAUACCGAUUUUGCCAAAAAGUUGAAGAAGGGAGUUAUUCAAUCAUCAUCUGCCAAUAAUGGGGCUGCUGGUGGCGGUGGUGGUGGUAGAUCAAGAACCGAUUCCAAUACAUCUACGUCCCCCCAUGCCUCAAAUGCAAGUUCACCUUCAAGAUCGUCGCCUGGUGGAGGCAGCACUACUAGUUUUGCCAACACUAAUGGAAACAACGGACCAUAUUCUGCAUACCAGCAAUAUCAACAACAGCAACAACAGCAGCAGCAGCAGCAAUACCCACCCGCUUUUAAUCAAUCGAGAUCAUCACCGGCAUUGAAUGUGGCAUCGAGUGCAUCGUCCAAUACCCAAUUCCAAUCAGCCAGCAAUAAUAAUAAUAAUAUCAAUAAUAUCAAUAAUGCUAGCGCCACACACACUAGUCCCGAUGACUAUUCUCGUGGUGGUGAGAAUGGAUUAUUUGCCACAUUGGCAGCAAGUUUACGACCAGGUCAAUUGAAUUUGAAUAAUCGAUCGGUAACUACCGAUAGUGUAUUGACUUUUACUUCGAAUAAGAUUACGGAGUUGGGUGAUGUUGAUGUUAAUAGUGAGCAGAACGCUAGUGGUGAUGGUCACAGUGGUGGCGGCGAUGAUAAUGGUGACGAUGCGAUGGAUAUCGAUGUGGCGAGAAAUUAG